GAAGGAAAGAUGUAAAAGUCGUGAGUUGAAGAGAAAACUGAACCUAGAGAAGACGAGAGGGCGAUGAAGGGUGUAAUUGGCGAGGCACAGAGAGAGAUGGAACAAGAACAAGAAAAUAGUGCGAAUGCGAAGCAGAUUAAUGGAACAGCUUCACCUGCAACGCGACCAUCUCUAAAAUCCGAUUCCGAAUUCAACAAAUACCCUUUCUGGAAACAAAAGUUGAGGGAUAAUUGCUACAAGAGGGUACGAGAGGACAGAACCAGGUUGCUCUGGAAAAUGAGGUUGCACUUGCCUGCGUCUCAUCAUUCUCAUUCAUGCCAGCAGCAGCAGCAGGAGGAUCAGUUGGAAUUAUUGCUUGGUGAAAGAGAGGACAUUGUCCGAGCCGCGUUCGAAGAUAUUGUGUCCGAUGAAUUCAAUAAAAUGUCUCAUUCUCAUUCUCAGUCUCAGAUGGAUGAUGAUCUUUUAUGGGAAUAUGAAGGUCCUCCUCCUCACACUACUUACCAGGGUGAUUGUCAAGACAUACUGUUAGAAAUGCAAAGGAUAUUUUAUGAAGAUCUCAAAUCCCAACCACCAAUUCAAGGUUUAGAAAGUGAAAUUGAAACUUGGGAAGAAGAAGUGGACGAGUACCUGGCUCGUGCAGUUUACGAGCAUAUGCAGCUAAAUACAGAUAAGGAUGAAAUUUGGUGUCCUAUUUGUAAGCAUGGAGAGCUUAAAGACAGUCACAAUCUCAUAUACUGCACUCUUUGUGAACUUAAAUUAAACAAAGCCAACGAGCUUACUUUGGACUUUUUGCGAGACCGGCUGGCUGAAGUCCAUAUAGAGCAUCUUGACAGAGGCUGCAGAUUGAAGCCCAAAUUUUGUCUAACGACAAAAUUUAACUUAACUGCAUUAUACAUUUCAUGUGAAGCUUGUGAAACCUUUGAGGUUGUAAUUUAACGAUUUUGUUAGUAAUUGUUAUAUAAUAAUCAGUGGUUCAACA